CCUCGAUUCCGCAUGUUUACGUAACAAGAGUCGGUACCGGUGUCUUCGUUAAAGACACACCGAAUACAGACACUAUUUUCCGGCUUCUCCCCCCCGCCAUCGUCCUUAUGUCGUGUUCCGAGACAAGCCAGCGUCCUCCGUGACGAUGACGCCGCGUCGCGUCCUCUUCCCCCUCCUUCGUGUCCGAGUCUCCUCGGCUCUCCUCCGCGGCAUCUUCGUCCCGGGCCUGGCCGCCCACUGAUGCUGUGAUCCGGGGCAAGAGAGGCAGCAUGGUGCGCAUCGCCAGCGCGCUGGGGCUCAUCAUGUUCAGCGUGGCGCUGCUCAUCCUGUCCUUCAUCAGCUACGUGUCCAUCAAGAAGGACUUCCUUCUCGGAACACCCCGAUACGGACCGAACGGGGGACCCAGGAUGUACAUGUUCCACGCCGGGUAUCGUGAAAGGCCGCCUCGCAAACCUGACCUGAGCUCCCAGCUGGCACUCAAGCAUCUGGAUCCAGCUUUCACGCCUCUCGUCGACGCUCUUAGCGAGGACCUGCAGAACUCCUCUAAAUGGAGGUAUAACAGCACAGCUUUCACCCAACAGAGGAAGGAGAUCUCUCAGUACAUCGACAUUCCUCACAACUUCUCCCUGACACACAACUCAGUCCGCGUCGGCCAGCUGAUGCACUACGACUACUCCAGCCACAAAUACGUCUACGCCAUCGGCGAGAACUUCCGCUCUCUCCUCCCGGAGGUUUCGCCCGUUCUUAACAAGCACUACAACGUCUGCGCGAUCGUGGGCAACAGCGGCAUUCUCACCGGCUCGCGAUGCGGCGCCCAGAUUGAGAAGUUCGACUUUGUCUUCCGCUGCAACUUUGCCCCCACAGAGCUAUUUAAGAGGGAUGUUGGACGGCGCACCAACAUGACAACUUUCAACCCCAGUAUCUUAGAAAAAUACUACAACAACUUAUUGACGGUGCAGGACAGGAAUAACUUCUUCCUGAGCUUGAAGAAGCUGGACGGUGCCAUUCUGUGGAUCCCGGCGUUCUUCUUCCACACAUCAGCCACCGUGACCAGGACACUGGUGGACUUCUUCGUGGAACAUCGGGGUCAGCUGAAGGUCCAGCUGGCCUGGCCUGGAAACAUCAUGCAGCACAUAAACAACUACUGGAAAACCAAACAACUGUCGCCAAAGCGCCUGAGCACCGGGAUCCUGAUGUACACGCUGGCGUCUUCGGUCUGCGACCAGAUCCACCUGUACGGCUUCUGGCCCUUCGGGUGGGACCCCAACACGGGGAGGGAGCUGCCGUACCACUACUACGACAAGAAGGGCACCAAGUUCACCACCAAAUGGCAGGAGGCGCAUCAGCUCCCCGCCGAGUUCAAACUCCUCUAUAAGAUGCACACCGAGGGACUGCUGAAGCUCAGCCUCUCCCACUGCGCUUAGACGUGAGACCGCGGGAGCGGCUGGACUAUCUCGCUUGCGAUCUUCCAUGGGGUAUGGUCACUAAUACGUGUGCUUUUCACAACAGUGUGAUCUUGGCAGUACAGUUUACUGUUUUAGCACGAGAUUGCUGUUUCCGAAAGCUAUCAAGCUGUGUCAAGUCAGUCCAGGCACACAAGGACUGCAGAUGUUGGAGCCAACCAGGUAUGUUGCCUGAUGGUGUCUUAAUGUUGACACGACAACCUAACCUAAAAACUAGAGUGCAUGGUCUUUUUUGUUCAAAUGUUGGACCUAAAGGGCCAUUCCACCCAAUAUUGCUUGUUGUAACUCGUUCAAAGUGAACUUACCGUAUUUUUCGGACCAUAGGGCGCAUUAAAGGGGUCAUAUUAUGAUUG